AUGACUGAUUUCUUCGAUACAGAGACACCUCUUCCGAACGAUGUCGAGUCAUUUGAAGAGUUAGGCCUUUCCCAUUCUAUUAUUCGUGCUCUACAUAAAAUGAAUUUCGAAAUUCCAACACCAGUUCAAAAUAAGACGAUUCCAAUCGCUCUUCAAGGCCGUGAUGUCUGCGCUUCCGCUGUUACUGGCUCAGGAAAGACAGCUGCUUUCCUUAUUCCAACAGUUGAACGUCUUCUCCGUUCAAAAUCUACAGAAGCACAAACAAGAGCAGUCAUUUUAUCACCAACACGCGAACUUGCAGCACAAACAUACUCAGUUUUAUCUCAAAUCAUCCAAUUUACACCACUUACAGCACUUUUACUUACAGGUGGUUCAUCCAAUGUCAAAGAAGAGGAAGAACGUCUUUUGGAGUACCCAGACUUCUUGGUUUGCACACCAGGAAGAAUUAUUGAUCAUAUUAAGAACUGUGAAGGCUUUACUCUUGAGAAUGUCCUUGUAUUAGUUCUUGAUGAAUCAGAUCGUCUUCUUCAAGAAGGAUUUUACUCACAAAUCGAAGAAGUCCACAAAUCACUUCCAGAAACCACUCAAUCUAUCCUUGUUACAGCUACAAUGAACUCAUCCGUUUCAAGAUUAGCGGAAAUGUCUCUUAAAAAGCCAGUUCGUAUUGAUCUUGAUGAUGUUUUCAAAGUUGCCAAAGGUCUUACCCAAGAAUUCAUCCGAUGUACGAAAGAAACAAGAGAUGCCACUUUAGUUGCAUGUUGCUCUCGUCUUUGCACCAAAAAGACACUUAUUUUCGGCAACACGAAGAAGAUUGUCCACAACCUCUACCUCCUUUUCAAAGCUCUCGGCAUGCCAGUUGCUGAAUUACAAGGAGACAUGACACAGCUCAAGAGAUACGAAGCACAUUCAUUAUUUGCAGGUGGACAAGCCGAAUUCCUCAUUGCAACUGAUGUCGCUGCACGUGGUUUGGAUAUAAAAGGCAUAGAAAACGUUAUUAACUAUAACAUGCCAAGAUCAUUGACAUUUUAUGUCCACAGAGUUGGAAGAACAGCAAGGAUUAACACUGAAGGACGUACUAUUGCUCUUAUCACAGAAGAUGACCGCGAAAUGAUGAAAUCUAUUAUUGAAAAGUCAGCUGAAAGUAAUCCUGUUUCAAAGAGAACAAUUCCUGAUAAUGUAAUCGAAGCAACACAAAAGAAGAUCGAUGAAGUUCAAGAGAAAGUCGCAGAAAUGCGCGAAGAAGAGAAAGAAGAAAAAGUUCUCGAGAAGUCUCUGAAAGAUAUAGAAAGAGCAAGAGAUAUCGCUUCUAAUCCAAUGUCUGCUGUCACAGAUAAAAAGAGAACAUUCGUUUCUAAAAACAAACGCGAUCCAAAGGAUGCUGCUGUUGUUGCAGCAAAGCUUAAAUCAAAGAAGGAUCGCAGAAAGAAACGUAAUGACGAUGAUGAUAAGCCAAGAAAGAAUGAUAACAAGAAUUUCGAAAAGAAUGAUAAGAAGAAAAGUGGUAAGUUUGAUAAGAAUGGUGGAAAACCAAACAAAAAGCGUAAUUAG